UGAAACCCUCUCUCUCACACAGAAUAUAAAAAAAGUUGGCCAAAGUCUGUCUCAGCUCCAAUAGCUACCAGACACCCACAACAACCUCUCUCUCUUUUUAUCGCUCUCUCUCUCUCUCUCUCUCUCACACACACACACACACACCACCCCUCACUCCUGGCACAGAGAAGACAGGACCACUGGAGAGACCAUACACACCUCCGCCUCCUCCUCCAGUCACUCACCCAGCCAUCGCCAGACGCUAAGCCCAGGAUGUGGACUUUGCUCUUGGGGGUCACCUUAGGAUUACUGGCCUCCUCCAGGUCGGAACCGGCUCAAGUGAAAUCUCGUAGCUGCAGCCAUGCCGGAGUGUUCCACGUGGAAGGACCAGAUCGCUACUCAUUGACCUUGGACCUGGCCAAGAAGCUGUGUGAGAGCCUGGGAAUCACCAUUGCCAGCAGGGAACAGGUCAUCGAGGCUCAUGCCCAUGGCCUAGAGACCUGCAGAUAUGGUUGGAUCAGCAACGGAAACACCACCAUCCUCAGACAAAAGGCUCAUGUUAACUGUGCCAACAACACGACUGGGGUCUUCUUCCAUCAAGUCUCUCCGGAAAAACCCUUUGAUGCCUUCUGUUUCAAUGCAUCAGAGUUGGCUGAAAAGAACUGUGAUGCGGCCAUCAACCCUGAUUCAACAGGACCAGAGAGUGUUCAGGUGACAGAUGCUGCAGGUAAGGCCACAGGCCCUGAGGAUGGAGCCCAGCCGGAGACCACCAUCAACUCCGAGCCUGACACCCAGGACACCACCUCCGCCCCUGGAGAAAAGGGAGCAGAGAGCACCACUGAGGUAAUGGAAGCAUUGGACACAGACCAGCCUGCACCCACUGAGGCCAGCCAAGUAAAGUCAACAGCAUGGGCUGAGGGUUAUGCUUCAGAGGGGGCAGCCACAGAAAGCCGUGGCAUAGGAAUGACGGUUGAGGGGAAUGGGACCCAGAAAGCCAGCCCCACUGAGCACCCUGGGGUGGUGGUCACUGAGAUGGAAGAAACAACUGUGUCUGGAAUGUUGCCUUCUGGCUCAGAUGAGGAGGGGGCCUCUUCUAUGGCACCAUCUGUUAAAGAGCCAGGAGAACCACAGGGCCGGGCCAGAGAGGAGGAUUUACAGGAGAAGGAGGUGGAGGUAGGAGCCUCCACGCAGCCCAUUCCUAAUGGGAAGAUGAAUCCAGGUAUGGGAGCAGACCCUACUCCAGCUGGGCAGGAGAUCAGUAGCACACCCAAUUGGCUGAUCAUUGUGGGAGUGCUUGUGGCACUGGUUGCUAUUCUCCUCACGUGUUUUGUUGUGGUCAAGUAUAAGAGCUGGUGCGGUCAGCAGAAGACCCUGAUGAUCACCAACAAGGAUGGGAAUGAGGGUAACGGUGCGGCGGCGGCGUCAGUGGCUAGCUCCCGCGCCCAGGAGAGAGAGCAGGAGAUGGUGACCCUGAUGAAUAAAGAGAAGAUCCAGGAAAACGGAAACAAGGAGGAGUUCACCGCCAUCACACUGGAGGAGUCCCCAGAGAAAGAACAGCUAGCGUGAGAGAGUAGAGGAGACAGGGAGACAGGGAGACAGAGAGUGUGUGAGUGAGUGAGUGAGUGAGUGAGUGAGUGAGUGAGUGAGUGAGUGAGUGAGUGAGUGAGUGAGUGAGUGAGUGAGUGAGUGAGUGAGUGAGUGAGUGAGUGAGUGAGAGAGAGAGAGAGAGAGAGAGAGAGCAAGUGAGAAAGAGAGAGAGAGAGAGAGAGAGAGAGAGAGAGAGAGAGAGAGAGAGAGAGAGAGAGAGAGAGAGAGAAGAAUAGCUAUGGGGGUCAUGACACUGGGGCAGGACUAGAGAGAGGCUGGGUGGGAUGGAGACGGACACUUUGGCCUGGGACCAACCAGACGGACACGCUGAACAUACCAGCUGGGGUUGGGGUGGGUGCUUUGUAAAUGGAAGUGGUGGGUAAUGCUGUAUUGAUUCUGUUUGUUGUUUUAUUCUGGUGAGUAUGGCUGGUUUGCCCCACCUACUUUUUACUAAGGUACAACAUCUGAAACUGGACCGACCCUUUCCCUGUCUGUCAGAUGAGCUAGAUAGUCCCUUAAAACCAAGAGGAGAAAAAUUAUGCUUUAUAGCUUCCUAUGUCACGGUGGUUAGAAUGGGAUAACUUUCAACAGCAGGGGUGUCAACCCAGGCUUCUGGAAAGACACAGAGAUACACACCUGUUGAUAUUCACCCCUGCCUUUCAAUCAGGGUCUAAUCUAAAUCUGAGAAAAUCAUACUGGCUUCUCUAGCCAAUAGGUAACAUUAAUAAAACAUUUGAGUGCCAGGUUGAAAUGAACCCUGCAGACCCUGGAUAACUGGAGGUUGACAAUGACAACCCUGAUCUAAAGCCUGAUGUAUGUUUUGCUCUAAGUGGAGAUGUUGAAGGUGUGUGUGUGUGUGUGUGUGUGUGUGUGUGUGUGUGUGUGUGUGUGUGUGUGUGUGUGUGUGUGUGUGUGUGUGUGUGUUUGUGGGGAGAGAUAAAGUGGGUUCAUAAAGUCACAGGGAUAUGGUGUGAGUUUUAAAGGUGGGGGAUGGGGGAGCUUGGAUGCCCUCCAAGUUCAAUAGGGGAUUCAGGUUUGAAGGACAUUGUUGAUACUGUGUCACUCAAAUCUUUUGAGGCAUUGGGUUGGAAAAUAGACACACACACUCACAGAAAUGUGAAAACUAAACAGACAUGGGUGGAUAAUUUGGCUCAAUGUUCAUGGGAUUCAUAUUGUUUCUGAUGAUGGAUAAAUGUGAGAUGUUGUGGCCCACUGAUGUCGUUUCUUUUGAUAUUAACCUUGUGUAUAUUUCACUUGUUUCCUGUGGAUUGCGGUUUUAUUUUGUUUUUACAAGAAAACACAAUAUUACUAUUUAAAUUUGUGCAGUUUGGAUAUUAUUAUUAUUUUUUGCUUCUGUAAAUAAUGUAUGCGUGUUUUCCAAAUGGCUUAGAAAUAGUGGUCAAUCAUCAUUUUGGCAUGCACAUGCCCUUUAAUGAUUAAAGAAAAUCUGCUAUAUUUGAGUUAUUUAAUCAAAUGCAGAAUUUAAGGAGGUGUUCAGUUGUGAUAGAGCAUUUGCAGUAGAGUGGAUAUUGUAUGAAUCAACUUCAUGUACAGUAUUCAAGACUGUGCAUUUUAAAUACCUUUAUUAUGAUGUCAAUUAACAUGGUCUGUAUACAUGAUUAAGUCAUGUUGGAUAGCACACAGGAUUGUAUAGAACAUUUGGAUGUUGGGGUUCACAUGAAUUGUACCAUAUAAUUCACUUCAUACUAUAUUGACGGAAGCGUGCAGUCUACAAUGACCUAGCAUUGUGUAGUAAUGCAUUAAACUGUGAUGAAUAUCAUCCAAUGGCACCUAACAGAUAGAGUCCUAGGAGUGCUGGAACACCUGCCCUUUUGCCCUCCUAUGAAAAAUGUGUCCUUUUGGUUGGUGGUGUUUUUAAAAACUAGUUUAUUUUUCUCACUUGUAACUUUAAAUGCAAUGAAUUUAGUUUUAAAAGUAGAUAAUUUCUCAUGAACUCAUUAAUCUUGAAAAAAAGUCCUCUGCCACCGGAACAGUGCGUUGCUGCGCUUGUCCUCGUCACAUGCACAAGCUUCCAACCUGUUAUAAUAUUAUAUUACAAUAUGUAAUAUGCAUAAAUAUUUGCAGUGUACAAACUUAUUAACAUGAGCAACAGGAAUUACAUGUAUGCUAAAUGGUGGCCCAAAAUAUCUAUCUGAAAGCCACUCUUCCAAUAAGCCAUGCCUCCAAUCUGAUAGGUUGCCACCUCCACAAUAUAUUAUUCAAAAGGUUCAUAAUUGAACCCCCCCCCCCCCCCCCCCAUCAUAAAAAGGAUCUGGCUUGAACCUUUAACACAAGAGUUCCUUGAAUACCCUUUUCAACUGGAACGGUUCCGCCGGUGUGGCAACCCAAAUGGUUCUUCCAGGCACCUUUACUUCUAAGAGAGUACAUUAGCGUUGAUCAGCUGAUAUAGACUACCCACCACAGGAGUGAUUCUAGGCACGCAAAGAAGUAGAUUCUUUCUAACUCACUUUCUGGGUUUUUUUGUAAAAUGAAAAAAACAUUUAGUCUGGCUACAGGAGCAGUAGAAAUGUAUGAAUGGAAUUAAGGUUGAUUUUUUAUUUGACUUUGAACACCUGCUCCAUCAAAGGUCUGUGCAUUGCCCAGGCACCCAAUAACAAUUGCCAACAUAACAACCAAUCUACAACCCUGAGGAGUGACUGCCUCCCUCACUGACUAAACUAUUACAAAUGACCAGGACACACAGAUAUUACAGAAAUGGCAGUACAGUUAAACUCCAAGAACAGCUCUGGAUUUGUAACAAAGGAACAGAGGCCAUCUUGUUUCUGUGGCUUUCCCUUUUAUGUGCACCAGAUGGAGGGAUCAAAUCAAAACAAAUGUUAUUCGUCACAUGCUUUGUAAACCACAAGUGUAUAUGAACAGUGAAAUGAUUACUUACAGGCCCUUCCCAACAAAGCAGUGAAAAAAUAUUAGAAAUAAUAGAAAAAUAGAAAAAUAAUAACAUGAAAAUAAAUGCACAAUUAGUAAAAAUAACUUGUAUGAUUGUAUGUGGGAUGGAGGGUAAUGAAUGCAUGUGUCUCUGGCCAGGAGCUCUGUUUCUCCAUACUAAUCCAGUUCCCAAAGUGCCCAUUGCUCCACACAUCUGAGUGAUUACAUAUUCAUCUUCAUGCUGAAUUUUUCUUUCGUAGGCAAAUCACUUCUAUGUGUGGUUUUGUGUGGGUAUUGUGACAGUACAUUUGUCAUGCCUUUUCAGUAAGAGGCAACCGAUUUGAAUCACUCUUUGUGUCCCAAGAUCUUUGAGGGCUUUUUGCCUCCAUUUUUGUUGUUUUAUUUUGUUGCUUUUAUGCGAUUCACUUUGAGAAAAAUGUGCAAAUCAUUUAGUGUAGGAGUGUAUAAUGAUGAAUUAACAAAACUUUGUUAAUGAUAAAGAUUUGUAAAGUCAUGGAUGAAAUAAAUGUGUAUAGAGGAAAUGA